UUGGGCAGCGGGUUGGCGUUGGCCUUGAGCGCGGCCGGUUGGCGGAUCGGGGCAAUCGCGAGCCGGACGACCGCGAGCGCCGAGCGCGCGGCCAGCCUCAUCGACGGAUGCGCGGCGCCGGCGACAGCGCAGCAGGUGGCCGACGCCUGCGACCUGGUGUUCAUCACCACACCGGAUGCGGCGAUAGCUGAGGUGGCGGGAACGGUCAACUGGAGACCGGGCCAAGGUGUGGCGCAUUGCUGUGGCGCGGCGUCGACUGAAUUGCUGGGCCCGGCGUCGGACGCUGGUGCGGAUGUCGGUGCGAUGCACCCCUUUCAGACAUUCGCGGCCAUCGGCGGACCGGGGCAGGCGGCCGAACGACUGCGGGGAGUGACCUUUGCGAUAUCGGCAACCGGCUGGCUAGCGGAGUUUCUGCCGAACCUGGCGCAGUCGCUGGGCGGGCGAGGCAUCGAAAUCCCCGACGAGAUGCGCCCGCUCUACCACGCCAGCGCGGUACUGAGCUGCGGGUACCUGGCAACGCUGCUGGACGCCGCGGUGGGAUUGUGGACGAGCAUGGGGUUCACCGAGGAGGACGGGGUCAGGGCUGCGGCGCCGUUGGCGCGCGCUACGAUUGAGGCCAUCGAGCGGCAGGGGCCGAUCAAUGCGGUUACGGGGCCGGUGGUGCGUGGCGAUGCCGACACGGUGGCAGCGCAUCUCGAUCUGCUGGCGCGGCACGCGGCUCAUCUGCUGCCCCUGUAUCGCCAGUUGACGGAAUCGUCGUUGCAUCUCGCUCGGGCCAAGGGAGUUGAGGAAGCACAGUUGGAGCAAAUGAGGCGGACAAUCGGCGGGUCUGGCUGA